GGCCCCCCUUCGGUAGUUUCGUAAGGCCCAAUGGCCAGCGCGAAAGCAGCAUCCAGCUGUCCGUUCCCCUGCAGCAAUGGCGGACCGCCACAUUUUCUUAUUCUUACGUACUGUACGAAGUACUGGUUGUAGUGCCCCGGACUGGAGGGCGGAGGGGGAAAGGGUCCUGAAGAAGAUGCCGUUGGUCUGUGAGACUCCGGGGGCGCUGCCGAAGUAACUUUUUUCUCUUCUUCCCCAUCUCGCUGUGCUACUUUCUCAGCUUCUAUUUUUUUCCUCUCUUGGAUUGGUGAGAAACUUCGUCUUGCAUUGUUUUGUUGUUUGUGGUCAAUUUGGACCCCAGCUUCCGGUUUACACUCGCUCAGGUCAACUUUAAGUUGUCGCUUGCCAACGUUGGCAUUUGAUAUCACCCUUUAAACACGACCAGACCUUCUUCCUCGACUAGCAACACACGCAGUCUUUUCGUUCCACUUGACCUCGACUCUCGUUCCUUCAACAACAUCCCCUUUCGUUUCACGCGGCUUCGUCCACCGACGCACGCACACCAUAACUACCACCCAACAUGGCGGAAGGCGGCGAGAUGCCCGACCUGCAGCACCACCACCGCGCCGAGAAGCCCAAGGCGCUCGACAUCCCGCCGCCGCUCGAGCAUGUCGCGACGCUCUCCUCGCCGGUCGUGGACGGCCCGCCUCCGACCCUCCUCAACAACCGCCGACGCGGCUCGCUCGACCUCGACGACUACUUCACGGGCCCGCGCGACAUCCAGAAGCACUCCAAGUGGCCCAUCUUCCUGCAGAUGCACGGCAGCAUCCUGCCCAAGCUCAUCCUGCCGCUCAUCUUCGUCAGCGGCUGGUCCACGGCCGUCACCUGCAUCCACGAGCUGGCGCACGACGUUGGCAUCAACUCGGUCCUCCUCACCGUGCUCGGUUUCGUCGUCGGUCUCGGCCUCUCGUUCCGAAACUCGACUGCCUACGAGCGCUAUGCCGAGGGCCGCAAGUACUGGGCUUCCGUCGUCCAGUCCUCGCAGAUCCUCGGCCGCAUCUUUUGGAUUCACGCCGUCGAGCGCGACGACCAGGACAAGCGCGAGCAGAUUCUCCGCAAGCUCAGCUCCAUGAACCUCAUCGUGGCCUUUGCCAUCUCUCUCAAGCACAGCCUUCGCUUCGAGCCGUAUACCGCCUACCCGGACCUCCAGCACCUCAUCGCCCACCUCGACACGUUUGCCCGCACCGCCACGGAGACGGCUGGCCCUGCUGCCGCUGGCGCGGACGGGCGCAAGAAGAAGUUCUUCCGCGAGAUCGGCGAGUACCUUGGCGUCUCCUUUGCCGCCAGCAACCCGCGCAAGACGCUCAAGCGCGCCACGCAACCCCUGGGCAACCUGCCGCUCGAAGUCCUCAAUCACAUCGCCGUCACCAUCGACAUGCUCGUCCGCAACGACCAGCUGCGCGUCCCUAUGCAGCAGACGCUCGCUUACAACAACCUCUCCGCUCUCAACGAUGCCCUCAUCGGCACGGAGCGCGUUCUCUCCACCCCCCUCCCGAUUGCAUACACCAUUGCCAUCUCGCAAAUCACCUGGCUCUACGUCGCCGUCCUCCCGUUCCAGCUCGUCAAGCUUCUUGAUUGGAUCGCCAUCCCGGCCACCAUCGGCGCCAGCUUCAUCAUCCUGGGCCUCCUGUUCAUCGGCCGCGAGAUCGAGAACCCCUUUGGCCAGGACGUCAACGACCUGCCCCUGGACAGCUACUGCGAGCAGAUCGCCGCCGACAUGGACAUCAUCGCCUCGUACGACAAGCAGGAACCCGAGGCCUUCCUUUUCCGCCCUACCAACCUGCCGCUCUACCCCAUCAGCACCGCUCCCGUGAGCGUCUGGAUGCAUCGCUCUGAGGAGCGCCUGCGCGAAACCAUCAAGACCAAGCCGGCCAAGGCGUUUGAGUGGAGGAAAUGGGGUCUCAAGGGGACUGCCGCCAAUAGUGGUGCAACGAGCUUGCACGGCGAUCAUAACGUGUGAUCUGUUUUUUUUGGCGCAUUUGCGCGAGCACGCAGCAUCUUUCUUCUCGUGUCAGUCAAAGCAUCAUUGGUUAACAAAAGGGGCGAGUUGGCGGCGUUUUUGUCUCUAGAUCAGAUUGUUGAGCGACGGAUUUUCGGUUGACAAAAAUGCCCAUGUAUUGGCAUGUAUAAUUAGUUCAAUACAAACAACUGGCUAAUGCCAUGUCUAGUCAUACUCAAAAGUUGGCGGAAUGGCUGCCUUUUGCUUCCCCC